GUCGUCGACGACAUUGUCUUUGCGAAGUUUGUACAUUUCGCGAGAAAUUAUCUUUCAAUUUUUUGCGCAAUUUUCCUGAAUUUUAGUCGUCGCUUUUGAUGUUAGUUUUUGUGUUGAACAAAUUGAAGACGUUUAAAAAAGUGUGUACGAAAGUAAAUUUCGCAUCGAAACAUACAAGUUACAUUAUUUGAAACGCAUUCUGCAUUUUAAAUUAAUUUAAAACGAAUUAACAUCGAUAGAAGUGCAUUUUGAAUUUUAAUCGAGUGAAAAUAAAAUUCAAUUGAAAUUCGAAUGAAAGAAUAAAGAAUUAAAAUGCCCUUAUCUAAGAACAAAUAAUCGCCGAACGAUUCGAGCGUACACUAGCGCGUGGUGAAAACAGAUACUACCGGGAUUGGUAUCGAAGUGUUAUUCGGAAUUAUGAGCCAGUUUUUAUGUAGUGGUGGUGGUGAUAAGAAGAUGGCAACAGAAAGUAAGGGUUCUUUGCUGGCGAAAUCCGUCUCAAAACACGCUGGAAGAGCGAAAGAAAAGAUAUUACAGAAUUUAGGUAAAGUCGAUCGAACUGCCGAUGAGAUAUUUGACGAACACUUACAGAACUUCACAAAACAACAGAAUGCCGCCACACGUUUACAAAAAGAAUUCAAUAAUUAUAUUAGAUGCGUUAGAGCAAUGCAAGCGGCUAGUAAAUCGUUAAUGGAUUCUUUGAAUGAAAUGUACGAAAGUGGAUGGCUCGGACAUGAACUAUUAUAUACGCAAAGUCAGAAUGUUGAAAUGCUAUGGAACGAUUUCAGUCAUAAAUUGGGCGACCAAGUGCUCAUACCAAUGAAUACGUAUCAAGCACAGUUUCCGGAAAUGAGAAAAAAAAUAGAAAAACGAGGUCGUAAACUAGUCGAUUACGAUAGUCAAAGGCACAACGCUCAAGCAAUCCAAGCUUCGGCGAAUUCGGCCAAAAAAAAAGACGAAGCUAAGGCAGCCAAAGCUCGCGAACAACUAGAAGAAGCGAAACGCACGUACGAAUUGUUGAACAGCGAAUUACACGACGAAUUACCCGCCCUGUACGAUUCUCGAGUUUUAUUCUUGGUUACGAAUCUGCAAACGUAUUUCGCCGCCGAACAAAUUUUCCACGCUGAAACAUCAAAAGUAUUCGCCGAAUUAGAAGCAAUUGUAGAUCGUUUAGCAACCGAUAGUCAAAGGGCAACUUAUUCACUGAAGAGGUUACAAUCGCCUAAAUCAAUAACCAAUCAUACAAACGCCAAAUUAACCAGCCCGACUAGUUCACAUACGUCAGUAAACGAAGAUUCGUCGCCUUCCGAUGACAUAUCUUCUUCAGCUACUGAUAAAAAGAAAGAUUCAUACGAUCCUCCGGCGUAUUCUGAGCCUGCUUAUGCGAACGCCAAUGGCAAUGUUGAUCAUUCGGAGAACUCGAGUACGAGAUGUAACAACAAUUCGCCGCCUAGUAAUGGUAAAUCCAAGUCAAGUAAUGAUGUCGAUUCUAAUGCAUCGACUACGACUACCACGAAUUCUGUUUCAAAUACAACGAAUGGUACGAGCGUGGCUGUCACAGGAGCUAUCGUUAAAAAUGGUAAUAAUAUAUACAGAAAUAAUUACGGUGGUGGGUUAAAUGAACAACUCUAUUCUAUACCGACAGGUGCUAAUACCGAUAAUCUCCCGCCUGGAGUGUUGUAUAAAGUAAAAGCUACUUAUAAAUAUACUCAAGAAGAUACUGACGAACUUUCUUUCGAUGUUGGUGAGAUCAUUCGAGUUGUAGAAUAUGAUGAUCCUGAAGAACAAGAAGAAGGAUGGCUAAUGGGUGUCAAAGAGUCGAAUGGUGAAAAAGGAAUGUUUCCGGCUAAUUUCACCAAACCUCUGUAAAAUUAUAAUUUGCUUUUUAUCGAAAAAGACGACCUUCGGUUUUGAAAUUGAAUUUUGCUCAACGACCAAGGUCUUUUUUCAGCGUGUUAGCUCGAGAAAGAGAUCGUAAAAUAGUAAAUGCAUUUUUUAGUAAAAAAAAUUCAUAAUUUAUCUCAAGGUACCUAAUUAUUAUUACGUAGUAGCGUGUAAUCUGCUGGCAAAUGGUGCAUAACUACAAUCGAAAAAACCCUCUAGCGACAAAAUAUAUCGGCGGCAAGCGUAGAUUCAUUUUUCUUUCGCUCCUUAAGUCAAAUAUUCUUUUCAUUUUUGUACUUAAAUCAAUUUUUACUGUAUUUAUUUGUACGAAAAAAAAUUUUGUAUGCCGUUUUUAUGAUGAUUUUUUGUGAAAUAAAACGCUUUAUUGAAAGAUUUUUUUUGUAUAGUUACCGAUCAAAAUUAUGGCGGCAGCUGAAUAAAUGUUGAUAACAACGUUUAAACGGUGAACUUAUUAAAAUACAGGGUAAAAGUAAUUUAAUGUUUUUUAAUUAAACAUAAUUACCUAAUUUAUUUAUUAUUAAUAUUCGCUUACGAGAACAUUUUUUUUAAAAUUUUGCAUCGUAAUUUUUACUUUGAUAAAAUCCCAACAAACGAAUUUGUAAACUUAUAUAUUUUUACUAAUCGACUUAGGCUUAUCGAAAUUUGUGUAUUCAGUAUUUGUUUUAUUCUUUUAUUUAUUUACGAGUAUUUUGUAUAAAUUAUUAUUUUAAAAUCGUCAUUCGAGUAUUAAUGAAACUUUUUAACGUUGUUAAUUUGGUGAACGACUUGUUGCCAUAAGAUUUUAAAAUUGUAUUUAAUUUUUAGCCUGUAAGUGUAUCCUCUUGAUUGAUUGAGAAUUAUGAAACAAGUGGUUUUAAUGUCAUUUAUUUUAUGUGAUUAGACUGUUAACAUUUUAAAUUAAAGAUUUCUCUCCAGUGUCGUA